CUGCUCCCCAAAACGAUCUUCUUCUUCAUCGCCAUACCAGAGGCAUUUCUAGAGAGAGAGAGGAAGAGAGAGAAAGUGAGGUGUGUUGAGGGUUGAGGGUUGAGGCCAUGGCGGACGCUGCUCAGAACGGCCAGUUCUCCGACUUCCCGGCGGUCCCGACCCACGGCGGCCAGUUCAUCCAGUACGACAUCUUCGGCAACCACUUCGAGAUCACGUCCAAGUACCAGCCCCCGAUCAUGCCGAUCGGCCGCGGCGCGUACGGCAUCGUCUGCUCUGUUAUGAACAAGGAGACGAACGAGAUGGUGGCGAUCAAGAAGAUAGCGAACGCGUUCGACAACCACAUGGACGCCAAGCGGACGCUCCGCGAGAUCAAGCUGCUUCGCCAUCUGGACCACGAGAACGUUAUUGGCAUUAGAGAUGUGAUUCCUCCUCCCUUGCGGCGAGAAUUUACUGAUGUGUACAUUGCCAUGGAACUCAUGGACACUGAUCUUCACCAAAUUAUCCGUUCGAACCAGGGCUUGUCGGAAGAACACUGUCAGUACUUCCUGUAUCAGAUUCUACGUGGACUGAAGUAUAUACACUCUGCGAAUGUUAUUCAUAGAGACUUGAAACCGAGCAAUCUUUUACUGAAUGCCAAUUGUGACCUCAAGAUCAUUGACUUUGGCCUGGCACGGCCAACUGCGGAGAAUGAAUUUAUGACUGAAUAUGUGGUCACCAGAUGGUACAGGGCACCGGAGUUGCUGUUGAACUCUUCAGAUUAUACUGCUGCUAUAGAUGUGUGGUCUGUUGGGUGCAUAUUUAUGGAGCUUAUGAACAGAAAGCCUUUGUUCCCUGGGAAGGAUCAUGUGCAUCAGAUGCGUUUGCUCGUAGAGCUUCUUGGCACACCAGCUGAUACCGAUCUUGGAUUUGUGCGAAAUGAGGAUGCACGCCGAUACAUAAGACAGCUUCCUCGACAUCCCCGUCAACCAUUAACUAGUGUUUUCCCUCAUGUUCAUCCUUUGGCCAUCGAUCUGGUUGAUAAGAUGUUGACAUUUGACCCAACAAAGAGAAUUACAGUUGAAGAAGCACUUGCUCAUCCUUAUCUUGCAAGAUUACACGACAUAGCUGAUGAACCCGUGUGCCCGCACCCAUUCUCUUUUGAGUUUGAGCAACAGCCCUUGGGAGAAGAGCAGAUGAAGGAUAUGAUAUAUCAGGAGGCUAUAGUGCUCAAUCCAGAGUUUGCUUGAUGCUGUUCAAAGUUUUUAUGAUGAACAAGGAACUGCGAACUAAAGUGGAAACAAUGCAGUGGAACGAAAUGAAGAGUUGCAAAUAUUCACUGAGGCAACCGAACCUGUUGAUUGAUUGUUCCAUGGAGUAAGUAUGCCACACCACGAACACUGAUUUGGACUGAGCUUUCGCUCCAUCAGUUGAAUAAGCCUGCUUAAUUCCUCACAACGCCUUUUGGCAUUCUUUAAUUAGCUUGUAUUCCACUCAUCGUGCUUUAUUUCAUUUUCCUUCAUUUUGUUGUAAUAUUUACCGUGGUUUGUAAAUUUGUUGUUCUGGAAGAUGUAUUAGAAUAAUCAUCAUUUUCUUUUUGUGUUCAC